CUCCUCCCCCUCCCCUCCUCUGUCAGUCGACUGUUUGCUCUGUCUGUCGGUGUGUGUGUCUGUGUGUGUAUGUGUGUGUCUGUUAGCUAGCUGUUAGCUAUCAUCACCAUCAACCGCAGGAACGACGCGAACAUGGCGGACACAGCCAGGGACCCUCCACCGGCGCACACCGACUUCCAGGAGCUGGAGGACGGGGAGGACCUGUUCCUGGAGCCGGCCGUAAUACAGGAGUCAGGACCAGCCAGUCUACCUGCUGAAGACAUCAGCGCCAACUCGAAUGGACCCAAACAGGAUUCACUGUUUGAUGACGAUCCAGAGGACCUGUUCGCAGAGGCCACGGAGGAGGUCUCGUUGGACAGUCCAGAGAGAGAAGUCCUGCUGUCUGACGGCCCGUCACCUGCCAUCACGCCCAUCACCCCUCCCACCUCUGUCAUCACCCCUCGCAUCGGCCUCGCCCACGACGACAUGUUCACACACUCCUCCUUCGAUGAGAUUGAAGAAGAGGAGGGUGGCGAUUCAUUCGACAUGCACAUAUCAGUGUCUGACCCUGAGAAAGUUGGUGAUGGGAUGAAUGCGUACAUGGCCUACAAAGUGACAACCAAGACCUCCAUGUCUCUGUUUAAGACUGAUGAGUUUUCAGUAAAAAGGCGUUUCAGUGAUUUUCUGGGUCUGCACAGUAAACUGGCCUCCAAGUACCUGCACAUAGGCUACAUCGUCCCCCCUGCACCGGAGAAAAGCAUUGUGGGGAUGACCAAGGUAAAGGUGGGGAAGGAGGACCAGUCGUCCAACGAGUUUGUGGAGAAGAGGAGGUCGGCGCUCGAGAGGUAUCUGAUGAGAACAGUGAAGCACCCCAUCCUGCUGAAGGAUCCUGAUGUCCUGCAGUUUCUGGAGAGCUCAGAGUUGCCGCGGGCAGUCAGCACUCAGGCUCUGAGCAGCGCCGGACUUCUCCGAAUGGUCAACAAGGCUGCAGACGCCGUCAACAAGAUGACCAUCAAGAUGAACGAGUCAGACGCAUGGUUUGAGGAGAAGCAGCAGCAUUUUGAGAAUCUGGAUGUUCAGCUGAGGAAACUUCAUGCCAGUGUGGAGUCUUUGGUCUGUCACAGGAAAGAGCUGUCGGUGAAUACGGCGCAGUUCGCCAAGUCGGCGGCCAUGUUGGGGAACAGCGAGGACCACACGGCUCUGUCCCGAGCUCUGUCCCAGCUGGCCGAGGUGGAGGAGAAGAUUGACCAGCUGCACCAGGACCAGGCCAACGCAGAUUUCUACCUCUUUUCUGAGUUACUGGGCGACUACGUCCGCCUCAUCACCGCCGUCAAGGGUGUGUUUGACCACCGUAUGAAGACGUGGCAGAAGUGGCAGGACAGUCAGUUGCUCUUGCAGAAGAAACGAGAAGCUGAAGCCAAACUGCAGUUCACCAACAAACCAGACAAACUGCAGCAGGCCAAAGACGAGAUCAAAGAGCUGGAGGGGAAGGUCCAGCAGGGAGAGAGAGACUUUGAACAAAUCUCCAAAACCAUACGCAAAGAAGUCAGCAGGUUUGAGAAAGAGAGAGUGAAGGACUUUAAAACGAUCAUUAUCAAAUAUCUGGAGUCACUGGUUCAGACACAACAGCAGCUGAUAAAAUACUGGGAUGCCUUCUUACCUGAGGCCAAGGCCAUCUCAUAGAGUCCGCACAUACACAACAGACAGUCCUGACUGGCUCCGGUCAAACAACACUACCCAUAAUGCACCUGUUCUCCCGGGUCACUGUCAUCCUCCUGUUUGUGCCCAGAGUGAAGAAGAGAAGUGAGACAGUGAAUCAGCUGGAAGUGACUUUUCUGCAGUUAUAAAAAUCAACAACAAAACUCUCUUGAACUCACAGUUCACCAUCUUUCAGUCCUCUCUUUUCUUUCUGCUGAGCUCAGUGCUGUAUUCACGUUCUGUGAGAAUCAUUGUCCUCCUGAUUGAUGCUUUCACAAUUAUAGUAUACAGUUUUGCACUCCUCAUUCUAUUUCCUUGUUAGUGUUAAUACAAAUUAAGUCUUAAUUUAAAAAAAACCCAUGUGGGAUUUUUCAAACCGAAAGCUCAUAAUCACGUAAGACAUGAAUGCAGCACUAAUUAUGAUCCUUGUGAUGGCUUUCCUCUACACACAAACAGAUUCUAAUAUGGUGUCAGUUUUUAUAGCUGGAGCACUUGUUAAUUUAUUUUUUCACCAGACACAAGGUGAAUGGGUGAGUAGAGAAGUAAGUGGAGGAAUUUCACUAUAUUGUAUUUGAGUUUAUUUUAGGGAUAACACCAAUGUCCAUCAACAAAGACAGAUAUCCACAUUCUAAGGUAAAGAGAUUGUUUUGUUUUUUCAGUUUUGUGUUUGGAUGUAUGGAAGCACCUUCCUGCCAUAAAAGAUCAAAAGUCAGGAAUUGUAAAAGUAAAAAUUGUCAGGGAAUGUCAAAAUGAAGUCAGGUCUAGGGUACAAUCAAAAAUGUGACUUUGUUAUAAGAGAGGUUUAAAUUCUGACAGAAAAUGAUGAGACACUAAAUCCUUAAUCAGAAAAAAACAGUGGGUGUGUAUUUAAUGCCUUACACCACAUCCAGUUUUAUUCUGCUCAUUCCUGUUUGCUUUUACAAACAUGUUUCUCUCUUAUCUGUUGCUAUAUAGUUUUAUUUUUUUCAUAAGUCUCCACUACAAGAAUACAUUUUUUAGGCUAAAUUAAUGACUCAAAGAGCAAAGAAUCAUGCACAAUCUGAGAUACAUACUUUUCAUAUUCACAUUUUCACAAUGAAGCACAGUAUCUGUGAGGAAAUAUUCUAAACUUAAGCAUCACCUACUAGCAUUUUCCGGGCCUUUUUGUUUAUGUUACGCUUUUAUUUUUUCACAAAUAAAACAGAACACAGGUGUCAACAUGGACCUAAGUAUGGUACCUCUGUCAUGUGAUAUCAGGUGCAAGCAAGUUUACUUAAAAACGCUGUGAGAUAUGGACGAAAACAAAACAGAAAAUUGUAGUACAGCUAUGUACAACAUUAGUCUUCUUUAGGUACCCUAUUUAGCACUUACGAGCAGUAUAUAAACUGCUAAUAAAUGGUUAAUAAUGCACCGUAAUUGGUUGUAAGCACAGCUGUGGACACCCAUCACUAGAGGUUGGUGUAUAAACCGAUUAUGAAUGAUAAUAUUGUAAAACACAAUAACAAUAUUAUAAAAUAUGUCUUCAUAGGACCAAUUGUAAUUGUUGACAAAAACUUUAUAUUAGUAAACACUUAAAAAAUGUUCUUGUAACUGUUUAGAACUACAAUAUAGGGUGUUUUAAAUGAACUGUUUGUGUACUGCUUAUAAAUGCUAAAUAUGGGCACUUAAAGUAAAUCAUUCCUGACUUUUCUUUAGUUCUAGUUUUCUUGGAAAGAAAGGGCUUCCAUACAUUGUCCCUAAAUACUAUUAUUAUUAUUAUUAAUUAUAAAUAAAUUCUCUGGGAAUUGUCCUCCACUAUCAGUUGUUAUGCUAACAGUGCAAACACCUUUUUUUUUUUUCUUAGAAUAGAACAGGAAGUAUACAUGGGACCUUUGCUCCACUAAAAUACCCAAAACAAACUUUGAAAUCAGAAUAUUUUUAUUUUGGAGUUUAGAACAUGAGCUGUGAAACUGAUCUGGAGUCAGUGAAGGACAACUGAAUGCAUCCUUUUGCUAUUUUGUGUCUUGUACUUCCCGUCACCUGUUGAGUCCCCUUACUUCCCCUUAUGCCUUUCAAAACAACAGCCCUUAAUUUUGUUGCUGUAUGAUCGUGAGUGAAGGCAACAUUUUCUGUUUCUGCCCUCUUUGAGACAAUGAGAGUGGAGGAGGAAGAAUCUCACUUUCUGGUUCAGUUCACUGCUGCUUUCAGAUGAAAAUGUCCACACCUAGUUAAUAAGAAUAAACUCUGUUUUUAAUGUAUACUAGGAUGGUGAAUUUCCCUAGAUGCAGUAAGCCCAUUUUCACUUUAAUUCAUCUGCAUCGUUGGUGUUUAGAAAGUAUUCACAAAAAAGAAAACCCAAUCAAAUCCAGGUGUAAAUGCUGGUGAACUAUAAGCACCCAUUGAAUGUCGUCAGGGAUGCAUUUCAUAAUUAUAACAACCUUGUAAGCAUUGAUUUGGUCAAAUUAUGUUUGGACAUCUAGUUUAAAUCAGGAAAAAAAAGUUUUAAAGGUUAGUUUUUUGUCAUCUACAUUACAUAUAACUAUUAUAUAAAACAGCAUGUAGUACUUCACUCUGAAAUAGUCAUUUAAACACUGCUGAAACCACAGUUACAGCUCUGCCUAUAUGGUCUUUUGAUCUGUCGAUCACCAAAUUAGUGCUUACUGGUAAGGUUGUAAAAUAAAGUUUAGGAUUUUGAUGGAUGGAGUACCUGCGAGACAAGAAGUCAAAAUAAAAAUAUUUGUUUUCAAAGAGUUAUAAUCUUAUAAAGUUAUAAAAUUUUUAGUUAAUCUUACGUUAUCAUUACCAACUGAAUUAGACUGACAGGCUAAACUAUUCAAGUAAGAUCCAGUAUGUAAACUGUAAGUGUAAACUGCAACACAUUGUCCACAUUCUAACAGUGCCUGUUCACAAAGAAAUGCAUCGCUCAAUAGAAUCACUUUUGACCAACAGAACAAUGCAGCUUUUCUCCGUAGCAUUAUUGUAGUUUUUUCUUCCCAAGUGCCCAUGGGGGAAAAUGUUUCUCCCCUGCAUUGCUCCUGUUAUCUGUCUGAACGAGGUCUUGAGGGGCCUAAACGGUCUUGCUGUGGAAGAAUCAAAUCAAACUAGAGAGUUAAAAAAGUGAACCGAUCUCUGUCAAGUCACAUUAGAUCAACGUUCAAUCAUAUGAUACAAAUAAACAGUCAUAUCCAAAACAAUUACCAAGCAGCAGUUCAGAACUGAGUAUGAAAGCUUGCAGUGUGGAGAGAACCUUGGUGUUUUUCUUCCUCCUGUUGUUUGCCACAAAGAGGAGACUUUGAUGUUUUGAAUUUUGGUUGAUUAAACUCGACAGAAAAAAAAAAAAAAAAA